GCAACAGCGUCGCAUCACCGACGGUCUCUGAGGUUCUGCUUGAAAAACGUACAUGCGACCGAUAUUCUGAUACUGUGAUUUAAUCGAGCUGCCCGUUUGGCAGCACCGCCAGCAUCAUGUAUAUCAAGCAGAUCAUCAUCCAGGGCUUCAAGAGCUACAAGGACCAAAUGGUCAUUGAGCCCUUCUCCCCUGGCACCAACGUUGUCGUCGGUCGCAAUGGCUCCGGUAAAAGUAACUUCUUCGCGGCUAUCCGGUUCGUCCUCAGUGAUGCCUACACCCAGCUCAGUCGCGAGGAGCGCCAAGCUCUGCUCCACGAGGGCUCCGGCUCAGCUGUCAUGUCUGCAUACGUCGAGAUCAUUUUCGACAAUAGCGACAACCGAUUUCCUACCGAUCACAAAGAGGUCGUCCUGCGGCGCACCAUCAGCCUUAAGAAGGACGAGUAUUCCAUUGACAAGAAGGUCAAUACUCUGAAAGAAGUCAACCAAUUCCUGGAGUCUGCUGGUUUCUCCAAAUCCAACCCAUACUAUAUCGUCCCACAAGGCCGCGUCACCGCCCUCACCAACAUGAGAGAAUCCGAGCGUCUGACUCUGCUCAAAGAGGUCGCCGGUACGCAAGUAUACGAGGCUCGCCGUGCUGAGUCGCUGAAGAUCAUGACCGAUACCGACAACAAGCGUGGCAAGAUUGACGAGUUGCUCGACUACAUCAAAGAGCGUCUGGCCGAGCUUGAGGAGGAGAAGGAAGAGUUGCGUGGUUACCAAGACAAGGAUCGCGAGCGCAGAUGUCUGGAGUAUGCCUACUACCACAAAGAGCAGGUUGCUGUCCAGGAAGCUCUCGAAGAGCUCGAUGAUGCCAGGCAAGGCGGCAUGGAGGAUGCCGACGAGAACAGAGAGGCCUACACUGCCGGCGAGAAAGUUAUUGCUCAGCUCGAUGCCGAGAUACACAAGCUACAGCAACAAAUGGAACUGCUCCGCAUCGACCGCAGGCAGUUGGAUGAAGACAGAAGGGAUGGCGCAAAGGCAAGAGCUAAAGCCGAGCUGGCUGUCAAGAGUCUUUCCGACAGUAUGUCUGCUCAGGAUCAAGCCAAGCAACAACACGAUGCCGAGCUGAAUCAGGUCAGAAAAGCCAUUGCGUCCAAAGAGACCGAGCUGGCCAGGAUCCUCCCUGAGUACGAGAAGAGAAAGAGGGAAGAGGCAAGGAUCAAGCAGGAGCUGGAUUCAGCCGAAGCUAGCAGACAGCGACUAUUCACAAAACAGACGCGGAGCAGCCAGUUCAGGAACAAGGGCGAGCGCGAUGCCUAUUUGAAAAAGGAGAUUAAUGAUCUCAGUAUGACCUUGAGUCAGCAAAAGGCGAACCGUCUGGACGCCGAAGAAGAGGUCAAGAAUAUCGAGGCUUCCAUCAAACAACUCGAAAAGGAUGUGGCUGACUUGCGGGCCAAGAACGAAGGCUUUGGCGACAGCAGGAAAUCACUGGCAGAUGACAAAACCGAUGCGCAAGACACACUUGACAAACUGCAAGAGGAGCGGAAAUCGCUCCGACGCGAAGAAGACAAGCUGGACACGAUUCUCUCAAAUGCGCGCAGAGAGAAGGACCAGGCUGAGCGUGAGCUCUCCCACACCAUGGAUGGUGAGACGUCUCGUGGUCUUGCGACCAUCAGGCGGCUCAAGGCAGAAAACGACAUACCUGGAGCCUAUGGAACGUUAGCCGAGUUGAUGGAGGUCAGCGAAGCAUACCGUAUCCCGGUCGAGCAGGUGGCUGGAGCGAGUCUCUUCCACUAUGUUGUUGACAGCGAGGAAACGGCAACAUAUUUUAUGAACGCUCUUCAACGCACUCGUGGCGGGCGAGUUACUUUCGCGCCCUUGAGCAAGCUUCGUUCGCGCCCAGCAAAUUUGCCCCGAGCCAAUGAUGCUGUCCCCCUCAUAACUAAGAUCAAGUACAACCCAGAGUUCGAUGCUGCUUUCCAGCAGGUGUUUGGAAGGACAAUCAUAUGCCCAAACCUGACGGUCGCUGGUCAGUAUGCCAGGAGUCAUAACUGUGACGCUAUUACGCCAGAAGGUGAUACGACCAACAAGCGAGGUGCCAUGACUGGUGGUUUCAUCGACUCUCGCAAGUCGCGUCUUCAGGCCGUGCAAAAUGCUACUGAGUGGCGGAACAAAUAUGAGCAGCUACAGAACGAGUUCCAAAACAUCCGCAAGCAGAUGGAGAAGAAGGAGCAAGAGGUCACCCAUGCUACAGGCGAGGUCCGGAAACGUGAACAAAAGCUUCGUCAAAUGGACGAUGGUUACGGCCCACUUCGAGUCGAGCUUAGCGCAAAGACAAGCCAGAUCAGCCGCGAGCAAGACCGCCUCGAGGCCGCCAUCAAGCGUCGCGAUGCUGUUGACAGGAACAUGAAGGAUUUUAGCGACACGCUGGCGGCCCACGAAGCCGAACUGGCCUCUGAUUUCAAGAAAGCCCUGACAGCUGACGAGGAGCAACAAAUGGAAACCCUGGGCCAGUCUGUUCAGGACCUACAAAAGCAAUGGACGGAGAUCAGCAGGGGCCGCCGCGAGCUGGAAGGCCGUAAGCAGAUACUAGAUGUUGAGCUCCGAUCUAAUCUUCAGCUCAAGCUUGAUCAGUUGACGAGUCAAGGUUUUGAGACCAGCUCGGGCGGUAGUAGAGGAAACCUGAAGGAAGCUCAACGUGAGCUCAAAAAGGCCCAAAACGCUGUUGCUUCAAUUGAGGCAAGAAUCAAAGAAAAUGAGCAAGAAAUCGAGACCACGGAAUCCAACAUCGCCAAGUUGGAGAAGCAAAAAUCUGCCAAGGACGUCGAACAGCAAGAGCUAGCAAAAGAUAUACAGAAGUACCAGAAGAGACUGGAGAAGAGCGUACAGAAGAAGGCGCUCCUCACGACUAGGGCGACCGAGUGCGCCAAGAAUAUCCGCGACCUUGGCGUGUUGCCUGAAGAAGCUUUCGAGAAGUAUGAGAGACUAGAGUCGAAGAACGUAAGUCCAUUGCAUCUGCCAUACAUGAUGAUCAGUAUCCAACACUAAACUAUACGAAGAUUGCCUCAAGGCUCAAGAAGGUCAAUGAUGCGUUGAAGAAGUACAAACACGUCAACAAAAAGGCCUUUGAACAGUACAAUAGCUUC